AUGUCAAAAAACGAUGUAGUUAGUCAGGAUUCUAAUUUUAUUAAAUGUGAAACAACAGAUGUUGAAAAGGAUUUGUCAAAACGUGAUAGAGAAAUUAACAGAACAGAAAUAGAAGACAAUGCAACAAAUACUCUAGCAGGAUCACAAGCUGCUGUCAAAACAGAAAUAACUUCUCACCAUACUGAAACAUAUAAUAAAAGAUCUCAAGAAAAUGGGGAACAUAAAAACAUAGCUUUAGAAACUUAUAUGGAAGAUAAUACAAUUGAAUCAUCCGAAUCUAAUGAUGAUACUAUUAUGCCAAUUGAAAACUGUGUUGCAACAAUUGGAGAAGAAACAAAUGAUAGUACACCACAAACUAGUGGUGUCACUGAAGGUUUUUUCAAUAUUAACAACCUAAAUAAGGGUCAAAAUGAAAAAGUGUCUCGAAGAAAAGUUAAGCUAGUUGUGAAACGAUAUGAAUGCUAUAUUUGUAAAAAAUCUUUUGCUCAAAGUAGUCAAUUAACAUAUCAUCUACGAACGCAUACAGGUGAGAAACCUUAUGAAUGUGAUGUAUGCAAGAAGGCAUUUACUCAAAGAAUUCAUUUAACUACACAUUUGCGCAUCCACACUGGUGAAAAGCCCCACGAAUGUGAUAUAUGUAAGAAGUCUUUCACUGAUAGAGGAAAUCUAGGAAGGCAUGUAAAAUUACAUGUUGGUAUGAAACCAUAUGAAUGUGAUAUAUGCCAUAAAUCCUUUGUGCAAAAUAGUCAUUUGACAAGCCAUUUGAGAUCACACACUGGAGAGAAGCCCUUUGAAUGUGAAUUUUGCAAGAAAGGAUAUUCUCAAAGGUAUUUAUUGACCAUACAUUUGCGCUCUCAUACAGGUGAAAAACCUUACGUUUGUGAAAUAUGUCAAAAAGCAUAUAAUGCUUUAGGAAAUUAUACAAAACAUUUAAAAACUCAUUAUGGGGAGAAGAAAUUUGAGUGCAAUAUGUGUGAAGAAUCAUUUACACAAAAGUAUCAAUUGAGUAUUCAUCUUCGUACUCACACUGGUGAAAAAGUUUAUGAGUGCAGUGUUUGCAAAAAAACCUUUUGUCAAAAUCGUACAUUAACAAAUCAUAUUAAAAAACAUUUUACACAAACAUUGCGUGAAUAA